UCUAGUUAAGAGUCACAAUGUCAAAAGAGUUAGUUGUACACAUGUGUCAUACGAGUGUCGGCGAGUUUUUCCAGCGCUUCUGUAAUCCUGUAUGUAAAUGACAGCCAAUAGAUGCUGUUGUUGAGUCGGGCUGGGAUUAGCGGAGGCGAAUGACUUUCAAUUUUACUGGAUUACAGAACAAAGAAGGGGAAAGGGACACAGUCCUCUGUCAAAGAAAACAGAAAGAAAACCGGGUCAAAAUUCACCAAAUAAAUCAGGUCGAUGUAUUUUCGACAGACAGAGACGCGCGUCGGAGAUUAUGCGAUUUAACAAAGUCACGAUCGCGUUUCUUUAGAUGGGAAUUCAGCCCUCACCGUUGGAUUAAACGGAGAAUAAACCUAUUCCGGGAUUGACAGCAUAAGGUAAUUAAAACGGGCAAAUUGGAGAAUGGCACAGAUUCGGAAGCUGGGCUGUGAUGGGAUGAGGACCAACUCUCGGUCGGAGCUCAAAGUUUCUCAUGUGUCAGCCAGACAAGAGAUCCUCACCAGCCUUGUGUCAGCUCUGGACUCUGUGUGCUCCGCCAUGUCCAAACUAAACGCAGAGGUGGCCUGUGUCACCGUGCAUGAAGACAGCGUGAUCGCAGUAGGAACAGAGAAGGGAAGAAUCUUCCUUAACUCCAGAAAGGAGAUACAGACGGACUUCCACAAGUUCUGCAAAGCGUCUUGUCUUCAAGCAUUAACUUCAGCAAACUCCCACGCUAAAGCUCCUGAUGUGGACUGCAGUAGGACAGGCAAAGACUGCAGCCAGCAGGCCAGACCGAGAAACUUAACAGACUCUCACUCCAACAUCUUCGUCUUGAGGAAGAUGGUGGAGGAGGUUUUCAGCGUGCUAUACAGUGAGGCUGUUGGGAAGAGCAGCCUGGUCCCUGUGCCUUAUGACUGGAUUCUUAAGGAUCCCAGCUCGGUGGUUGCCUACGGUCUUCCUGACGGUGUAACUUUGAGAAAGCCUUCGGAAUACGACACCAAGACUUUAAUGAAGAUCUUGGAACAAAGUAACCGAAUUCGCUUUAUAGUAAAAAGAACACCAGAGGAACCCUCACGGGAUGCCAAAUCCUGUCCGGAAGUCAACCAUCACUCUUCGACCUCAAAAAGCUUAAGCAACCACGCCACUGUUAAAACCUCCAUCCAGGAAGUGUCUGCUAGCAACUCAAUGCUCUCCAGCUUCCUGUACGGCAUGCCCAUGUCCUCCCAACCCCACCCAGACAGCAAGAUGGACCUAAAGCCCACAUCACUGCACAGCGUAGGUAAAGAGAGGCUGGGCAUGUGGGCACCCGCUGAUGAGAAAGUCGUGCAGGCCAAGGAAUGUGCUGACAAUGGCGAGCGAAUAGGGCUGGCAGGAGAUAUCGCCCAGAACCCUCCCAGCAUCCACGUCUCCAAGCGCCUUCUGUUCUCUAUAGUGCAUGAAAAAUCAGAAAAAUACGACUCAUUUAUCAGGGAGACAGAGGACAUCAACACACUUCGCGAAUGUGUUCAGAUCCUCUUCAACAGCAGAUAUGCUGAAGCAUUAGGCUUGGAUCACAUGGUUCCUGUGCCAUACCGAAAAAUCGCCUGUGAUCCCGAGGCGGUAGAAAUCAUUGGAAUUCCAGACAAGAUUCCCUUCAAAAGACCAUGCACUUACGGAGUGCCUAAACUCAAACGGAUCCUGGAGGAAAGGCACGGGAUCCGCUUUGUUGUUAAAAGAAUGUUUGACGAACGCAUUUUUACGGCUGCUGGUAAAGUAAAAGAGGACGGGCUCACCCCUGAGGACUGUUUUCCAGAUGGGCUCAGGGUACCAAGCUCCUCACUAGAGCUGAUCAGCAACACUCACAGUAGCAGAUCGACUAGCUCUUGUGUCAGCCCUUUGGCUGAAUGUGAAGCUGGGCCAUCUGGGGACUGUCUAACCAUGAAAAAGAUCAAAACAGAACCCCCCGAUGGUGAAAUCAUCCAGGUGACGGUGCCAGAGUCAAAUGCUUCUACAGAGGAGCCGAGCGAGCCUCAAGCUGAACGGGUGACCCCCGACCUCUGUCAUCAAUUGGAGCCUGCAGCAGAAGAUUUAGCGCCUAAAUCUACACCGCAAGGGCUCAAAAGAGCUGUUGAAGAAGACAUCGGAGAGAUGAUCCUUCAGCUGAGAAAGCAGGUGGAGAGCCUGUUCAACUCCAAGUACAGUGAGGCUGUUGGUCUGCCCGAGCCGGCAAAAGUGCCAUACUCAAAGUUCCAGAUGUAUCCGGAUGACCUGUACAUCACAGGGUUGCCAGAGGGAAUGACUUUUCGAAGACCAAACUGUUUCGGGGCAGCAAAACUGCGCAAGAUUCUUGCCGCCAGCACUCAGAUCAAGUUUGUUAUAAAGAAGCCAGAAUUGUUGACAGAACAGGUUAAACAUGAGGGUCUCUCUAAAUCAACCUCUGAUUCAGCAGAUACUGAAUCCAAAGACCAAUCUGAUGACCCUGGCCCAGCCUCCAAGAGACCAGGAUUCUCCGACAGUUUAGAGGCCAAGCUCUCCCGUAUCGACUUGGCGAACACACUGCGAGAGCAAGUCCAAGACCUGUUCAACAGGAAGUACGGCGAGGCACUGGGCAUUAAGUAUCCUGUGCAAGUGCCUUACAAGAGGAUCAAGAGUAACCCCGGCUCAGUGAUUAUUGAGGGCCUGCCCCCUGGCAUCCCCUUCAGAAAGCCCUGCACCUUCGGCUCACAGAAUCUCGAGAGGAUAUUAGCCGUGGCAGACAAGAUUUCUUUCAGCAUUACAAGGCCUUUCCAAGGACUCAUUCCAAAGCCAGCACCUCGAAGAAUAACCAUAUUGAAGAAAGGUUACACACCAAUAAAUGAAGAAGAUGAGGCCAAUCGAAUGGGAGAGAAAGUUAUAUUAAGGGAACAAGUCAAAGAGCUCUUCAAUAAGAAAUACGGUGAAGCUUUGGGUCUGGACCGCUCAGUCCUCGUUCCGUAUAAAUUAAUCCGUGCUAAUCCCGGCUCAGUGGAAGUGUCUGGACUUCCAGAUGAUAUUCCCUUCAGGAAUCCAAAUACUUUCGACAUAAUUCGGUUGGAAAAAAUUUUGCAAGCCCAAGAUGAAAUCACCUUCAAUAUCAAAACCCCAUUACAACCUUUUACAGAAUUGUGUACCCAGUCUUGUAACACAGAAGCUACGGAAGCAUCCACCAAUCGACGCAAACGUAAACGAGUACUUGAUAGCAGUCGAGCGUCAGUGCCCACCGGAACAGACUCGGCACUAUCAACCAAUCAGAUUCCUGUCAUGCAGUGGCCUAUGUACAUGGUGGACUACAGCGGAGUGAAUGUUCAAGUUCCCAGCAAAGUCAAAUACUAAAGAACUGUCUGAUGAGGACCUGCAACAUUAAAGGACCUUUUUUAAACUUGACAAUACUGAAUGCUAAAUUCAGCUUUCUCCAGUGUUGCGAUCCAGCAGCGACCCGCACGUUAAGACACGUGCGUGACGGCAGAUCUGUAGUGUGAACUGUAGGAUGCAGUCGUUUCCGAAUGAAGUGCUAAAGAUGGAGAAAAAUCCCAGCAUUAAAUCAGAUACUCUGCCAGUGCUUUAUUUCUCAAAGAGGAGUGUUUCUUGUAAAAGGAGUGGCCGUUAUUAUUAUCGCAUACAAGAUAAAGUAUAUUGCAUUGCCUCCAGGACUUGUUAUAGGAGGUCCCGGACACAAUCAUGGUUAAACAACCAUCUCAUAAAGAAUGGGAUUUGUCUUGUCCCAAAUAUGACUAAUCAUUCUUGGGAUACACAGCCUUGUUUGGUGCCAAGAGCUCGUGCUGCAUAUAGUACGACUCGUGUAGUUAACCGAAUCUGACGCCUUGCAAAUGUUUGUAUUGUUAUUUAUUUAUUUAUUGAAAUAAAAACUUGUAUAUGCAGGGAAUGUAAACUACCACGUAUUCAGUAUACGGCGGAAAAUACUGAAUGACAAGACUAACGACGCUUAAAACAACUAGCUAUUGUAUGUAUUCCGAGAGAAACCUUCGCUUUAGGUUUCAGUAUCUCGAGUUGGAGUGUCCUAACACGAUAGCACUAACUUAAAUUCAAUUGAGAGACUUUUUGUAUUAUUUUAGCUUUGUAAGUUCAUCUUAAGUUCAUUAAACUUAACGGCAAGGUGAGGUGAGGAGAAACCAUCAUGAAUGUAUUGUUCGUCUGAGAAAGAAUGCUAUAAUGUUACUCUGUAAUGACUGUCUCUGGAAUCGCCAGUAUUUAUAUGCUGUACCUUAAUGCCAUUUAGGCCUUUCAAAUAAAAUGUGCUGCCUUG